UCCCCGGGUCUGUGACACUGGGCCAAGACGUCCGUCGCCCGCAGCCCGCCGGGGAUCUGGUUCCCGCGAAACCCGCCUGGCCGCCGUCACACCUGUUAGGUGUCGCCCCACUCCGCGCCUCCGCCCCACCCCACGCCUCGGGCAGCGCGGGCGCCGCGGGGGACCCGGGGUGCCGAGCCGGGGCCAGGAGAUCGGCAAGACCCCGGGGACCCGGCCUGCUCCCGCCCGGCCCCGCGCGGGACUCUGCAGGGGUGGGGGGUGGGGGCUGCAAAGGCGGGCGAGCUCGAGGCCCGCCGAGAGUGGCCCGGGCAGGGCCGGGGGCAGAAGGGGCGUCGCCGCUCCGGUUCCGCUGCCCGAGCCCACAGCAGCUGCAGCUGCAGCGACGGCCCGGCCGAGCGGCGGCGGCGGCGGCGAUGGGGCUCCUCGCCCCGGGCCGGGUCUGUCCCCUCCUCCUCCUCCCCCCCCCUCCUCCUCCUCCUCCCUCUUCUCAUCCUCCUCCUCCCCGCAGCUCGGGCGCCGCCGCCCCCGGCCGGGCCACGGCGCCACUUAGGCCGCGCGGGGCGAGCGUAGGCGCCGGCCGGCGGCCCCUCGCCGGGGAGCGGAGCCGAGAGCGCGGCGGGGCCCCGACGAGGGGGCUCGGCCGGCCCGGCGGCCCGCAGCGCCCGCCCGCGCGGGGCGGCCCCCCGGACGGAGCUGCCCGCACGCCCCCUGGGGGCCGAUCGCCUCCGAGAGGCGGCGCGGGGCUCGGCCGCUCAGCCCCGCACUCGGGCGCAGCGGCAGCCGGCGACGGCGGCGGCGGCGGCGGCAGAGACGCGGCUCGGCGCGCCCGGGGGGUCCCCGCGUCGGCGGAGCCCAUGGAGAGGCGCGAAGGGGCGGCGCGGCGUCCCGCGGCCCCCCGCGAUCGCAGAGGGGCGCCGGCCCCCGGCCAGCCCGGCGAGCCGCUGUCCACUGCUGAAGCUCCCGCCGCGGCCGCCGCCGCGCUGCCCGCCUGGAUGCGCCUCUACUUCUACGGCAUGCACGGCAUCACCCUGGACGUGCUGGUGUCCUCGCUGCGGCGCUUCGCCCGCAGCCCCGACCUCCGGAUGCUGGGCUUCUCCUCGCCCUACCGCUGCCUCCUGCACUCGCUCACCCACUUCGCGCUGGAGAAAGUCUACCUGCAGGGACGCCUCUGCCCCAGCGCCUUCGUCUUCAAUUUCCUCCUGUACCCCUCGGCUCACGUGGGGCUGCAGACCCUGGCGAGCCAGGCGCUGCGGCUCGGCGUGGGGGGCCGGCCCGGGGGCGCGGGGGCGCUCGACCUGGCGCUGCAAUACGUGCUGGCGCUCUACCACGGCCAAGUGUUCCUGAAGCGCUUCCUGUGCUUGCAGUACCAGGGGCGGCAGCCGCAGCCGCAGCCGCAGCAGCCGAGGAGGCAGCGAGGUUCGUCCCCGGCGGUUCCUCCCGGUGUCCCGGCCUCGGCGGCGGCGGCGGCGGCGGCGGCGGCGGGGACCCGGCAACAAGGACCUGUCAGCCGCCUAGACGCGGGGGUGGGACCCCCCAGCCAGGGGUUGCCCGAUGCGCUGCGCUUUCUCUUCUUCGGCAUGCACGGCUUUCUGGAUGAGAUCUUCUUCACCUUCUUCUUUAACGUGCUCGGGCAGGGGGAUGGGGCGUCCAGUGGGCACACCUCGCUCUGGUCCUUCCUAAUGUACGGCAGCUGCAGUUUCGUGGUCGAGAAGCUCUACUUCCACCUCCACUACAGUCGAGGCUGGGGGACCUGGAAGCGGCUGCCCAUCUACGUGAUCUUCAUCUACACGUGGGAGUUUUCCUGGGGUCUGGGACUCCGAACUUGCGGUGCUUGCUCCUGGGACUACUCGCACUACCCGCUCAACUUCAUGGGUCUCAUCACGCUGAUGUAUCUACCUGGCUGGAUAUUCCUGAGUGUCUACCAGGAUCUACUUUCCAACGUGCUGUGGAGGGUUCAGUACGUGCCAACCCGCUAAGACCCAAACCAAAAACGUCCUGGAUUCCGACGAAUGCAUAAGAUAUUAUUUUUACACCUUUUAAGCGGAGUGGGUUUUUGAACCUUUGAAUUUUUUUUAUACCUUUUACUGAACUCUUCCAACUUGUUUUAGUCGACAUUUUAGGGGGCUUUCUUUCUUUCUAUGUGGAACCUAUGCAUAAUACGAUACUUUGAAAAUAUUACUGGGAACAUAACUCAAGAGUAUUUGUCGAUACAUUCAAUCCCUUACAAGCCCACACAGCAAAACCAUUAUACCUUAACAUCAGAAAGCUGUAGUAUUUGUUUAUUUGGGUGUAACUGGGCAGUAGGUACUAAUAUUUUUUUCCUUCUUUUUAAAAAUACUUUCGUCUUGUUUCUUUUUUAAAAUAAGAAAUUUCUUUAAUUCAGAGACCUGUGGUAUUUUUUACAAGAUUCGAGGAAAUGUUCUGGCUUUAUGUUUUUCAUUCUUUUAAGUCUCACUUUAUUUUGAUUCCUUUCGUAUUUACCAAUGACUGCUCAAACCCAGUGUCUUGUACUCUUAAAACUACAGUUAAUAGCUCUUAAAGUGCCUCUGUCUAGCAUACAAGUGAAAAGAAACUGACAAAUGUGAAAAUACAUCCUAUGAAUAGAUUUUUUUAAUAAGAAUUUUUUCUAGCAUCUCAGACAGGUGACACUGUGUUAAGCAUCCUACAAAUAUUUUCUUUCCACUGGGGUUAGCCUUAAAUGCCAAGAAUGUUAGCAUUGAUCAGAGUUUGGUGUUCUAUAUGGCUGUAAACUUUUUGUUACUGUGCAAUAAUAUAAAAUGUUUACCAGAUGUGUCUAAGGGCCAAGCGAAAUUACUCCAUCUUCAAUAGUGUUCUAUCCCUAAGGACCCUUUCUACGUGGAGCUUGGAGAGUCAAAACAGUUUCUUGGAAUAAAAUGAAACUGAAACUUCACACUAAUUGCAUUAAACCUAGUAGUUUACUGUGAAUACAUAAAUGUCUUUUCAGCUUACUUCUGCCAUGUCUCACUUGUAGACAUUUUUCUGUUUGUUUAUGUGUCCACGGGGCCUUGGGCUAAGUCUUAUGCAGUACUGUUCAUUGAGAAGCAAUGAUAGUUUUUUUUUUGGAUGACUCAUUAGUAAUGUUUGGGAGCUCCAAAUUUAAAUGAGAUGAUGUAAACCAUUUUAAGAAAUUAUGUCUAAUCAAUUAAUAAUGUACUGAAGAUUGCUGUUUUUAAUGUACUUCUGAAAGACAAGUCUAGUUGAUUAUGACUCAGCCAAGGAUGAUUAAUAUCUUCUGAGUUUUCAAUACAAAAAUAAUUAGGAAAACUUAGAGUGUCUGCAAAUGAAUAGUUUCCUAUUCAAAUUAUUAGCUUCCCUGUGUCAUGAAAAAGGACUUUCUGUUUUCAGAAGAUUUUUACUCUGUAAGUAAAAGCAAAUAUUACAUUUAAGUCAAGCAUAAUUCUGAGAAUAUGCUAUUUUUUAAUUCACUAAGGUUGUAAGCUGAAUUGAAUAACGCUUUCCAAUCAAUGUUACCGGUAAAUGGUUAAUGUCAAGUGAAUUAUUUUAGCCAAAGCUGAGAAGAGACCUGCAACUUAAGUGUUUACAGAAAAUUCACCUGAGUAUUACUUCAUGACAUUCUGUCAUGUGCAAACUAUUUCAAAAGUGAGGGGGAAAAAUUAAAAAGGAAAACUAGACUCUAAAGUGAGUGAGAUGGUAAGAAAAAAAAUGUUUGAAGGUGUGAGAGAGGUAUAGCCCAUAAUGUGCUUGCCUUGCAUGUAGCUCAAUUGGUGAACACCUUCAGAAGUGAUUCCCAAGCACAGAGCUAGGUGUAAGCCCUAAGCAUCACAGGUGUGACCCCAGAAUCACACACACACACACACACACACACACACACACACACACACAUAAAAUAAAAAGGUAAAUGCCAAUAAAUCUAACACUCCACACCACAUACACCUAUGAACACAGAACAAAGUCCAUGGCUUCUGAAAUAUAUGAAAUAUAUUUUUGUAGUUUUACUUUUGUCCUUCACGUCAUAUUCUUCCUCCCUGCUUACCUACUUAGCAACAUUCUCAGGGCCGGAUAUCUGUCAGGAAGUAGGAAAGGCUACUGGGUUUUUUUACUAGUAUUAUUUGUUUUGUUUUCAGUGUUGAUCCUAAGUAAAGGUCAAGGUUUUCAUUCAUGCAAUUUAUUCAAGAAAUGGUUAUUGAACAUUCAUAAUUUGGUAGGCAAUCACCUAAACUCGGUAGAUAGAAUAGCAGUGACCCACACAGACUAAACAUCUGUCCUUAUAAAACGCCUUGUCUGAUUUAUUUUUUAAAAUUUAUAUAAGAUUCUACUAUUUACAUGGGUGGGGCAAUUGUUGUGAUCUUGUGUCACUGGAAUACCAAUCCAUUAUCUCUAAAACAAAAGUCCAUUUACCAAUCCCUCCACUAGUUCUACAAAAGCUUGUUCAGAUCUGCUUAGGAAGUGAUUAUUCUCAAUAACUUGCUUUGAGGCUUCUCAUUCUGUUUAUGACAUUUUCAAAGUAAUAUUUUGCUACAAAUUUGAGUAUUUAAAGAAUAAGAAGGGAAAUAAAAGGGCCAUUGAACCUAUCUUAGUACUCAGUAGUUUGGAUAUAAAAAUGAUAAGCAAUAUAAUACCUAAUAUAUAACUGGGAGCUUACCUCCUUUAAAAACUUCUCUAUUUUAUAUAUACAUAUACACAUAUAUACAGUAUAUAUAACCAUAAAUGCAUGCCUAUGCCCAUCUAUAUCAAGUUGAAAUGGAUAUAUAAUCAUAAGUAAAUCUAUAUGACCACAUGUAUCUGUAUUGUAUCAUAUAUAUGUAUGCAUACAUAUAUAUGCAUAUAUACACAGACACAUAUUUACUUAAACUUUUAAUCACCUUUCUUUCACAGAUGAUGACAAUGAAAUGGAAGCCCAAAGAAUUUAACAGCCCAAAUGAUGUUCAGCAUUUAGACUUGAAUCAAGUACACCAGACUCCAGGGUCUGUUUUGAACAGUAGCACUGGUGUGUCUCUGUCACUGACCACAGUGUUUUGCGGUCUCUUAUAGAUUUUGUGUUAUAAUCCUCAGUGCAGUUUCCUUUCUGUCUCUAUCACAGAUGCAAACAACUCUGUCUAGCAGCAACAAUCACUCUUUCGUGUUGCCUUUUAUUCCAUGGACAAGGGAGUUAGUGCCAGAACGCACAACUGACAAUCAGCUUAGCAUGAGUGCUUAGAUAAUUGUUUUUAUAUGCAAGUGGUGCUUUGGAAUACAGUUCAUUAUUUGAAGUCAAAGCAUAUUAAUUAUAAAAGUAAUAUACCAAGCUAUAUCACAAACUAGGGAAAAAUUUAUUAUUUUUCAUUUAAAGUAACAUUUAGGAAAAUGUAAUAUACAUUAAUUUUAUGUUAUCUAAGCAAACAUAAGUAUUCUGAAUGAUUAAAAUGAAAUUUUUUAUUUUGAGUUUUAUUAAACUCUUUGGAGUAUAAAAAUUUCUUUUAAAAGAUAGAAAGAUGAACAGAUAUGGGUUUUGCUUUGUUUAACUUUCAUAACACUGAAUUUUUUUUUAUUGAAGUGUGUUUAUUUUUAACUCCGUUCUAUUUAGCUUCUGAAUCUAAAGAGGAAUACUGUCUUUAAGUUUUUCAUGUUAACAGAGAUUGCAAAAGUCUAUUUUAUACAAAGACUUCUAUAAAAUUUUUAAUCCAUUUCAAUAUUUCAAACUUUUCAUGACUAUAUAUUUAAAUUAAAAACAUUUUAAUAAAUAUUUCACACUUCAUGUGUCAACCCAGAAAAACACAACUUAAAUAAAAGAUUACCUGUACUUUGUUUUUUUGUUUGUUUUUUUUUUAAAGUCUAACUGCUUUAUGUUACCCAUCUGAGAAAAGAAAAAGAAUUUCUACUGUUUUCAAAUGGUCUCUGUUAGCAUAAUGGCACUUGCACUGUUUUAGAAGGAAUAAAGAAUUUUGGUAAAUGUC